AGUUCUAGUAAUAGUAAUAGUGCAGCAGCAGGGUCUCCACACCAAUAUCCCCAAGAAAUUCAACUAAAGCUGUAUCAGGCUUUUAUAUUUUCAAUUCCAAUUUUGUUCUCUAUAAUUCUUUUUCUUUUGUUCUAUUUGUUCUACCUCAAGAGAAGAUCAUCAUCAUCACCCUCCCUUCUUCCACGCACUUCUAUCAACAACUACCCUACCACCACCACCACCAUCAUCUCAACCAAUAAUAGUGAUGCGGAAUAUAUGAAAAAUGAGCAGAAGAACAAGCUUUGCACAGUUUUGUUCGAUGAGUACAUGAAAACAAGGGAUUCCUCGUGCUGUGUGUGCUUGGGAGAAUUCGAGGUGAAAGAAGAGUUGCUUCAAGUAGGAACAUGCAACCAUAUAUUCCACAUUGACUGCAUUCGGCACUGGCUACAUAACAAUUCUACUUGUCCACUCUGUAGAUCCCCUGUUUUUCUCUCUCCUAACUUCUUCACCUCCAAAUCACACCACCAUCUCUCUCCUAAUUUGAUGCACCACACACUCACUACUACUCUUAUUAUUACAAAUACAAGUACAACACCCUCCUCUCAGGCCUCAUCAACUGCUGCUACUGCCGGAACCACCACCACCACCACCACCACCAUAUGUUAA